GCGUUAUCUAGCGACGGUAGACGCGUCCUGUGCCGAACGUGCUGCGUCACGACCACGUUUCCUGCGAAGUUUCUGCCGCGAGAAUAUUAAUCUAUUAUUCGGUGAAAUUUUCCGUGCGUAUCAGCUUGUUUUGAAGGAGGAUUUUAAGGUACACGUGCGCUUGGUUGAAAGCCACAGCCUCCUGCAGGUGUAUAGCGAGAAAUUCGAGUGUUCAGUAUAGCCCUUUGAACCCCCGAAGGGGUGAAUAUACCGUCGCUUUGGAGCACCGGUGGUGGCUGGAACUUCCGAAGGUGAUAGAAGACUCCCAGCGACCGAUCGUUCGCAUGAAAUCCGACGAAGAGAUGGGCAGAGACAAGCCAUCUGGUGCACAGGCGAACCACACGCAUCAUUCCAAAAACAAAGGCGGAGAAAGCCGAAGAAUGGUGGAUAUAACAAGAGACAAACCUAUAAAAGUGGCGGUGAGAGUCGUCGUGCCUGUAAGGGAUCAUCCCAAAUUCAACUUCGUCGGGAAACUUCUGGGUCCCAAAGGAAAUUCGCUCAAAAGAUUACAAGAGGACACGAUGUGUAAAAUGGCCGUGCUCGGAAGAGGAUCAAUGAAGGAUAGGCACAAGGAAGAAGAGCUUCGCGCCAGUGGCGAUCCGAAAUUCCAGCACCUCAGCGAGGAGCUCCACGUGGAAAUAAGUGCAUUUGCAACACCAGCUGAAGCCCACGCGAGAAUCGCCUACGCCCUAGCAGAGGUCAGAAGAUUUCUUGUACCAGAUUACAACGACGACAUUAGACAGGAGCAAAUGUGGGAGAUGCAGGUCCUGUCGAGCCAGAAGAACCUGAAAAGCGACGAUUCGAACAACGGGGGCUCGCAGAGCGAAAUCAACGAAGACAGGCUGAGCGAUGAGGACGCGACGGACGCGAAUAAUAUAUUUACCAACGAUGCCCAGAACGGGAAGGACAAUUUGGAGCAUCCUGCCAUGAGGGGCAUACAAACAGGAACAUCCCCGCCCUCGGUGUCCGGCGACAUCCUGGCACCGAACAACGGCGCGUCGCAGGCGUCGCCGACGUCGUCCGAUGCGGCGGGCAGCCCGGCGUGCCCGGCGGCGGCGGCGGCGACGCUGGGCACGCGCAAGAGGCCGCUGCUGGCGGGCGGGCCCAGGACCUCCAUGACGCCCACCAAGAGGACCGUCAUGAGCCUGCUGGCGAGAGCGCGGGCCGCCCAGGCCAAGCAGCUGCCCGCCGUGACCGGCGGCGCGGCUUUCACCAGAGGAGUCUCGGUUUUCGAUGAGCGCGCCCCGACCCUGGUCCCACUUCUGCGGGAAGAUUACAUGAGUGCCGUUAACUUGAAUCUAAUUUAAAUUUUGCGUUAAUUUUCGGAACAGCUCAAACUCGUAUAUCGCGAUGGUGAUGAAAUAAACUGCAUUAAUUUUUUGGUGUAAAAACGAGUGUAUAUUCAACGAGAAUUGUGCGGCACUGUGAAAUUGAACGAAAUUUGUAGAUAUACUUCGCCGAUUAGAUGAAAUUGUUAAUUGAUUUGUAAAAUUUGUAAAAAGUACUAUUGUAAUUUUGCGCAAUUUUACAGUGCUUUUUAAUAUAACAGGGCUUGUAAUUGAAUUUCGUUUAAAUAUUUGUUACCUACCAAAGAUUUUCCUUAAAAUAUAGACAAAAAAAGGACUCGAAUUGUUUUAAUUUAAUCAAUAUUUUAAGUUAAUAAAUAAUGGCAAAGAAAAAAGGAAAAUCUUAGGAAGCAACUUUAAUUCGAUAUUAGACAUAGUUCACGUUUGUAAGUAUUUUUUUAUAUGUUAUAUAUUAUAUUUCAUAUGUAAUAAAUAUCUAGAUAUUAAUUAUUAGAAGAAAUUUACUUGCACGCGUAAAGUUAUUCUAAUAAAAUCGAAACUAUUUUAAUAUUUUGAACGUUUACAAAAUAAAUUUUAUCAUAACG